AGGGCGCAAGUAAAUUGUGGGGAUUGGAGGGGCAGUCACAGCGAAGAAAAAAAAAAGAUCAGAGUCACAGACACAGAGACGCGGGGAGAGACGGAUAGCACCACCAAGACGCUGGCGGCGUCUGCCUGCUGGCCAAAGUUUGAAAAGAACCCUAAAUCUGACCGCAUCCUCGGCUUCCUCUCCCUCCCUUCCUCUCUCUCUCUCCUCUUGGGCAACCCUCGACUACUCCACCGGUCCGGACGUUGUCACCGUGAUAAUCACACGUAUCUCCUCGCGCCGCCGACUCCCACAUUGUCGUUCUUUGCAACGUAAUCGACCUCGUACAAAUACAAAAAAUCUGCCCAUCAUGGUCCAAAAAGUCUACGUCACGUACAACGAUGUCCACAAGCUUUGCCAGCAGUCGGCUGACAGGCUCCUGGCCGACUGCAAGCCCCAGCUCAUGAUCGCCAUCGGUGGUGGCGGCUACGUGCCUGCCCGCAUUCUGCGCUCGUUCCUCAAGAAGCCCGGUUCGCCCAACAUCCCCAUCCAAGCCAUCGGUCUGUCCCUGUACGAGACGCUCGGCGCAGAGGGCGAUGGUCAGGUCGAGGCUCCCGGUACCAAGGUGACGCGCACACAGUGGUUGGAUCUCAGCUCGCUGGGCGAGAUGGCCAACCUGGUCGGCAAGAGGAUCCUGAUCGUGGACGAGGUGGAUGAUACCCGUACGACCCUGGAGUACGCCGUCAAGGAGCUCGAGAAGGAUGUAGAGGCCGCGAGGCAGCGCCUUGGAGGCAACCAGCCCAAGACAGAGUUCAGCAUCUUUGUUCUGCAUAACAAGGACAAGCAGAAGAAGGGCGUCCUCCCCAACGAUAUGAUGGAGGAGGGUCGCUACCACGCUGCGCGCACGGUCGGCGACGAGUGGAUCUGCUACCCUUGGGAGGCCGGUGACAUUGAGGAGCACGACAGGCUAGCCAAGGAGUCCGGUGUGCCAGUCUAAGAGCACAAACAAUUCUAUUCGCUGUUCUAUGCUAU